GGAGGCUGCGCCGCUCCCCGCGCCGACCGGCGGCCGUAGGGGCCGCGGUGCCCUCGCGGCCGAAUAGGCGCUCGGUCCCCACCCCCUUCUCCGCGGCUGGGAACGGGCCGAGGAGGGAGCAGCGCGCGGCAUCCUCCGCAUUGUGCGAGCUGCGCGGGCACAGCGCGGAGGUGCGGCCGCGGGGCUCCCUCGAGCCUCCCGCCCCGGCGCCGCCGUUAGCCGGGAGCCGCCGAGGAGUGAGGGAUGCUUUUGCGUGCAGCAGCGGGAAGCGGCGGAGCCGGCGGCUGCCAUCGCGGGGCAAGCGGGAGUAGCCCUCCCGGCGCGAGCGGCCGGGCGCGAUGCUGAAUUAGGCGCGUGCGGCCCGAGGACGGGCAGCGGUCCCCAUGGCGAGUAGCCGGAGCAUCGAGCUGGAGCACUUCGAGGAGCGGGACAAGAGGCAGCAGCGCGCCGGGCCGCGGCGCGGCGGAUCGGGCUCGGGCAGCGGCGCGGGGCCGCGGGGCAACGGGCUGAUCCCCAGCCCCGCGCACAGCGCGCACUGCAGCCUCUACCGCACGCGGACGCUGCAGGCGCUAAGCUCGGAGAAGAAAGCGCGCAAAGCCCGCUUCUACCGCAACGGGGACAAGUACUUCAAGGGCUUGGUGUAUGCCAUCUCCAGCGAUCGUUUCCGCUCCUUCGACGCUCUCCUCGCCGAGCUCACCCGCUCUCUGUCGGACAACGUGAACCUGCCCCAGGGUGUCCGCACCAUCUACACCAUCGACGGCAGCAAGAAGCUCUCCAGCCUGGACGAGCUGCUGGAAGGUGAAAGUUAUGUAUGCGCAUCCAAUGAACCGUAUCGGAAAGUUGAUUAUACCAAGAAUGUCAAUCCAAACUGGUGUGUGAACAUAAGGACCGGGUCCACUCGAUCUCUGACAUCUUUGACAUCUACAAAGAGUGAAGUGAAGGAGAGUAAAGAUUUCAUUAAACCCAAACUGGUGACUGUUAUUAGGAGUGGAGUAAAACCACGAAAAGCUGUGAGAAUUCUGCUGAAUAAGAAGACUGCUCACUCCUUCGAACAGGUUCUGACUGACAUCACAGAAGCCAUUAAGUUAGAUUCGGGUGUAGUCAAGAGACUUUGUACACUGGAUGGAAAGCAGGUGACAUGCUUGCAGGACUUCUUUGGAGAUGAUGAUGUCUUCAUUGCAUGUGGACCUGAAAAAUAUCGGUAUGCUCAGGAUGACUUCGUUUUGGAUCACAGUGAAUGUCGUGUUAUGAAGUCAUCUUAUUCCCGAUCAUCUGGCAUGAGGUAUUCUGGGUCCAAAAGUCCAGGACCUUCACGUCGAAGCAAAUCACCUGCCUCAGUUAAGAGGGGUGGCCACUACUCCAGUGCUUAUUCUUCAGCAAAAUCCCCAGUUAAUGGAACUCCAAGCAGUCAAUUAUCCACUCCAAAAUCUACAAAGUCCUCCAGUUCUUCACCAACAAGCCCAGGCAGCUUUCGUGGACUCAAGAUCCCUCCACAUGGUGGAUCAUCAUCCAAUGUGAAUGGUGUACCUGAAUCACUCCAUUGCCACAGUCCUGAAGGUGUGAAUGGAAACAAGUGCUCAGGGUCAUCCACCAUUCUUGAGAAGUAUAAAGUUGGAAAAGUGAUUGGUGAUGGCAAUUUUGCUGUUGUGAAGGAGUGCAUAGAACGAUCCACAGGAAAGGAGUUUGCACUGAAGAUUAUAGACAAGGCUAAAUGCUGUGGAAAGGAACACCUGAUUGAAAAUGAAGUGUCUAUUCUACGUCGAGUGAAGCAUCCAAAUAUCAUUAUGCUGAUAGAGGAAAUGGACACUCCAACAGAACUCUAUCUGGUGAUGGAGCUGGUCAAGGGAGGAGAUCUAUUUGAUGCUAUCACUUCUUCUACAAAAUACACAGAGCGAGAUGGGAGUGCAAUGGUCUACAAUCUGGCCAGCGCGCUCAAGUACCUUCACGGCCUCAACAUUGUGCACAGAGACAUCAAGCCAGAAAAUCUCCUGGUCUGUGAAUACGCAGAUGGAACCAAAUCUUUGAAGCUAGGAGACUUUGGACUGGCAACUGUGGUUGAAGGACCUUUAUAUACCGUCUGUGGUACGCCCACAUAUGUGGCUCCAGAAAUCAUUGCAGAGACAGGAUAUGGCUUAAAGGUGGAUAUUUGGGCUGCAGGCGUGAUCACAUACAUACUGUUAUGUGGAUUUCCACCUUUUCGCAGUGAAAACAACCUUCAGGAAGACCUUUUUGAUCAGAUACUUGUUGGGAAGCUGGAAUUUCCUUCACCCUACUGGGAUAACAUCACUGAUUCAGCAAAGGAGUUAAUUAGCCUGAUGUUACAUGUGAAUACUGAAGUCCGAUAUACAGCAGCACAGAUCUUAAGCCAUCCCUGGGUGUCAGAUGACACUUCCCAGGAGAAUAAUAUGCAAGCUGAAGUAACAGGUAAACUGAAGCAGCACUUUAACAACACCCUACCCAAGCAAAACAACACAUCUGCUGGGGUUUCUGUCAUCAUGGUCCAAGGCAAUGGUACGUACUAACUGCAGUGCUUUGUUCUGCUGCACAAAAAAAAUACAUGUGCUUUGUCUGUCACAAGGAGAAAGGAGAAAUAAUUCAGCCAGUCUGAAGUGGAAAGAGCCUUAAAGCCACACAAAAACAUUAAAGUAAAGUAAAAAUCUUAAACGCUUGCAAAGAACUUUUCUGUAUUAAGGGAUGCAUACUUGAAAUUUUCUAAGCUAGCACUGAUAACAACUAGUUAUUUCUCACUUCUUCAGACACAUCUCAGUCUAUUCCCCUAAGAGCAAUUUUGUGCAUGUGUACAUCUUACAAUAUCUGAAAGCAAUUAGAAGAAGUACACAUCUGCUACCGUUUGCGCCACAAAGUUAUAACACUGGAUACCCUUCUGUGUCCUGAGUGCAGGCUGACAGCUGACAAACUUUUCUUGUGAACGCGACACAGACAACAGCCAAGACUAACAAAAUGUGGAAUUGCAUGAUGAGUGAAAAAAAACAACUAAAAUAAUGACACAGCAAGGAAAAAAAACAUAAAAAGCAACCUACUGAAAUAGAAAUUGUUUCUAUUUCAAAUAAAAAUUGUGAGACUAAUUCCAGAACAACCUGCCUUCCAUAUACUUGCCAACUAUUGAAGACCUCUACUUGAAAAGCUGGAGCUGCCAGUCAAGCUUUCUUUGCCGAAGUCAGAUAAAAUCUGAGUUCUGGUACCCAGUAGUGAAAUCAUUUUUCACUCCCUAGCUACAUGACCAGUUAGUUAGGAGAACAGACAAUAAGUACUUUGGUCCUGCUUUGGUCCCUGAUAGCUUUGAUGCCAUAAACUACAGUGGAGAUCACAUGCCAAAUUUAACUCUUAUCAGAAAAUUAUUUCAGUAUCUAGAACAAUAAAUUUAGACAACUUCCACUAACACUUAGAAAUUGUCACAUUACAGAAGUCCUUCUGAAUAAUUAAAAGAAGAGACAUAAAAAGCAGACCACCCAUUCUUACUUCAAAACUAGCACCUCCUAGCUGAAAACAAAAGAGUUCUAUGUAACAGUAUCUUACAAUGCUUACACAUAUUAUAAGAAGAGAUAUCCAUGCAGGUGAAACGUGUUUGUGCUCUUCUUCUCACUUGAAGUAUCAUACAUUUGUGAAUUACUGUAGAAAGCCCAAUCAAUCUGCACUUGACGAGAGAAAGCGUAUCUUGUACCAUUCCACAUAACUGAAUAAACUACAAAGAACUUAAUCUGUAUUAACUUAAAUCUGUAUUCUCACUGGUACUUGUGGUUAAACCAAGAAGUAUAGGGAUUUACAGCGAUCAAUAUCAGCCUUCAAACUGUGAAACAAGACCCAUUAUGCUGUCCCUCCAAAUCUGGGAAAACAACUCUGAAAUUUUUGACACAGGAACUGUCAGAUUUCCCUCUUGCUCACUUCAGACAUUCUACUAGCAAUGAAAUAUUAAACCACAGUUUAUAUUGAACUUCCAACAGCUUUCAGAGGGUAUGAAAGUUGUAUGAUUUAGCAGACACAUCACAUUUUCCAAGAAAAUCUACCUGAUGCACUACAGAGUUCUCAGUUUCCAGGCUAACCUGCUACUCUUUCUUCCGCUUGCAUUUUUAGUGAUAGCAUUCAGAAAUUAUGUAUUUUUGCCACUGCAUCCUGUCAACUUUUCAAAAACAAGCAGUAAAAGAUUCUACUCUGAGACAGAAAAAUUCCCUAGGCUGCCAUCUGUCACCUUCACACACCAAUAGUUCUGGUCUUUACAGAAGCACAUAUUAUGUUCAAAUUAAAAGGUAACUAGUUAACUCUCUGUGUCUGCACAAAUGCAGGUACAUACAUUUUUGCUAAUAUAAAAAGAGUUCAGACAAUAUCACAAUCGCUUGUUGUUGGUUUUUCCUCCACAUCAGACUUGCAAAAAAAAUUGUCAAUUUGAACCACCAUGGCAAACAUAUAUUUUGCAAGAUACCUUUUCCAAAGCAAGCACUAUAAAAAACCAACAAUUUUAUAAGUUUUCUAAUGUUAUUUCUCCUUUUUUCUGGUUCUAAUGCAUGCACUUAAUGUCUUGUAGAUUGUUUUAACACUGAGUUUAACACAGGGCUUUGAUUUAACUGCUGGGUUUUUUUUAUUUUUUUUCCUUGGGUUUUUU